UCACCCAAUUUUCUCCUACACACACUACAUACAUACUCUUAACAAAUAAAACAACACUCCAUUAUUUUCUUACAAAAACUCUCCACUCCUCCUCUUCCUCCUCCUCCACCACCACCACCACAACCUCCUCUUCCAACACGCCGCGAUGUCUAUAAAAGACUGCGGCCACCACAAGGACAAGAAAAAGAUCCUCCUAAAGCGAAUCCUCGCCGGAGUUUUAAUCUUCAUCGUCAUAAUCCUCCUAGUCAUCCUCAUCAUAUGGGCCAUCCUAAAACCCUCAAAACCUAGUUUCAUUCUCCAAGAUGCAACACAAUACAACUUCAACCUAACGAGCCCUGCUCAACUAACCUCCAUCUUCCAAGUUACAAUCCAAGCUCGAAAUUCGAACGAUAAGAUAGGCAUCUACUACGACAAAUUAAACACUUAUGCUACUUAUCAUGAUCAACAAAUCACACUACCAACUUCAAUACCACCAACUUAUCAAGAUUCAAAUGGAAUGAAUAUAUGGUCUCCUUUUCUACAAGGACAAUCCGUACCUAUUGCUCCGUACAUAGGUUCGCAGAUUAAUCAAGAAAUGGAGAUGGGAAGUGUACGGCUUGUUAUAAAAAUGGAUGGACGAGUGAGAUGGAGAGUUGGGUCUUUUAUAAGUGGACCAUAUCGUAUACAUGUUAACUGUCAGGCGUUUAUACCGUUUGGAAAUCCUAAUUCUGGGAUCUAUGUUGGGAGAAACGCCAUCAAAUAUCAGCUUAUACAGGGUUGUGGUGUUAGUGUCUGAAAUGUAUAAUGUCAACUCACAAGUGGAGUAUUAUUUCUCUCUUUUUCUCUUAUACAAUUAUUAUUAUAUUGUAAAAUUUUAUUUUAGUGAAAAUAAAGAAAAAAAUUUGGAAAAA